AUGUCAGUAUACAACAAGACACCACUAAUACGUCAGAUAUUUCCAAGCAUACCACAGAUGUACUUGAAACAUGAAUGUUUCCAACCAAGUGGAAGUUUCAAAAGCAGAGGUAUUGGCCAUCUAAUAUCGAAACAAUCACAAAGAAUAUUAGGCAAUGGCCUGGGUAAGAAGCCAAUGGUAUUCGCCAGCUCUGGUGGUAAUGCAGGACUAGCAGCAGCCACAGCUGCAAAAUUUUUAAACCUACCUUGUACCGUCGUCAUACCAACCGCUACGAAACAGAGGAUGGCAGAUAAGAUUAGAGCUACCGGAGCUAAUGUCAUUGUUUCUGGUAACUUCUGGAAGGAGGCAGAUAACUACCUGAAAGAUAAUAUCCUAUCUAAGUUAGAAGAGUUACAUAAAAAUGUGGAACCAAUAUAUGUACACCCAUUUGAUAAUCCAGAUAUAUGGGAAGGUCAUGCUUCAAUGGUAGAUGAAAUUGUUGAAGACUUUAAAAAUAAAAUGAUACCUCUUAACAAGAUAAAAGCUAUAGUGUGCAGUGUUGGAGGAGGCGGACUUUACAAUGGUAUAAUACAAGGCCUCGAAAAAUAUAACUUAGCUGACAAGAUACCUAUUGUAGGCGUAGAGACUAAAGGUUGCCAUGUAUUCAAUACAUCUUUGAGAAUGAACAAAGUGGUGAGCUUCAAGAAGAUCACCAGUAUUGCUACCUCGUUAGGUACUGCCGACAUAUCUACAGAGGCCUUUAAAUACGCCAAAAGAUAUGGUACGAAGUCUGUGGUUUUAAGUGAUCAGGACGUUGUCAAGACAUGCCUAAGAUACACUCAUGACUUUAACAUGGUAAUUGAACCAGCAUGUGGCGCUGCCGUCCAUUUGGCUUAUCACACCGAGAUCUUAGAAAAAGAACUCGGCACAAAACUAAAUGCGGAUGACAUUGUACUAGUAGUGGCCUGUGGAGGUUCAUCGAACACUGUCGAAGAUAUGGAAUCGAUACUACAAAGACUGUCCACCGAGGAGAAUAACAUCAAUAUCCCAAAUGUUGCAGAAAAUAUUAUUGUCAGAAUGCCUGAGGUGUCUGUCCUAGCUUAA